AUGAAGAUGGAGCGGAAGAGGACGUUGACGAUGAACUGGGACGGCCUCCGGGACGACGACGACGACGACCGCUUCUUUGAGUCAAACGAACGUGCCUCCUCCGUCGCUCCGCUUGACCUUGAGGCAUCUUCUUCCGAAGAUGAGGAUUUCGAUGACAGUCGCAUGUCAUUCGCCUCAUGCGUCUCCUCUGUUCGAAAUGACGUCGAUUUUAGCGCCUUCGCCGCAGCCACUCCGACCGAACCGCCGUCCACUGCUGCAGCUCCGAUGACGCCGGAUUACAACAUCUGGAUGGAUACGCCGGGAUCCAUCACUGAGCGGCGGAAACGAUUGUUACAGGGCAUGGGGUUAGCCCAAGGACCCGGGAAAGACCUCGUAAGCUUCAAACAGCUAACCAGCAUUAAACGCCUCGUUUCGAACAAAAUGGCAAAUGGCGUCGUUCCAAUCCCUCGGUCCAUCUCUCGUGCCAAAGAAAAUGUACAAGUACCGCAGGAUCAAUCGGUAUCGGAGCCAGAACCGGAGCCUGAGCAUGAUUUAUUGCCGGUGGUGCUCGUCCGAUCAAGGUCCGAGGGCGACAUCGAAGCUUUUUCGGUCGACAAACAGAGGAAAGAGGAGAUAAUCGGAACAAUCUCGAAGCAACGCCUUACGAGGACUUGCUCCACUAUCGCCGCGCCUCGUUCGAGAAUAUGUCCGUAUACAGAAUCGGUCAAAGGGUCGCCAAACCAAGUAGGCGGCGCCACCCCCGCAAUCCGAUCUGUUCAGACCGGUGGUGGAUUAUCGUCGGUCUUCUCAAACAACGGGUUAGAAGCAUUCUUCUUGAUCAAGAAUCUGGACACGGGGACCGAGUUCAUCGUGAACGAGUACGAUCAGGAUGGGUGCUGGAAUCGACUCAGCGAUCUCCAAACGGGAAAGCAAUUGACGAUGGAUGAGUUCGAGAAAUGCGUCGGGUACUCGCCGGUGGUGAAAGAGGUGAUGAGAAGACAAAAUGUUUCGAGGGAAGGUGGUGGCGACAGGAAGGGCGGUGCAGUCGGUGCAAAUUCGUUCGUUUCGAAGAGCCUGAGGAUGAGCAAGAGAAGAGGUGUUGCUCUGUUGAAGAACAGCAUAAGAGGCGUGGGGACAGCCGUGAGUGUGUUGAUUGGGGAGAAAGAUAGGGAAAACACGACGCCACCGCUGACGCCACCGGCCCAAAAGCCCGCCAAGAACUCGAGUUCUUCUUCCUCGGAGUGGGUUAAAGUUAGGCAGACAGGGAAGCAUUACAAGGAGCUAUCAGCAUUGCAUCUGUGUCAGGAGAUUCAAGCUCACGAGGGGUCGAUUUGGACUAUUAAGUUUAGUUUGGAUGCGAGGUUUCUUGCGAGUGCGGGAGAGGAUCGGGUAAUUCAUGUGUGGGAAGUGCAAGAGUGUGAGAUUAUGUCGUUGGACGGGAAUUCGACCCCGCUUCAUCACUCUUUCGGGUCCUCUACCCCUGAUCGUUCGCCAUCGAUGUCUGAUCAACCUGCGCUUGGGCCACCCGAGAAGGAGAAGAAGAAGAAGGGGCGAGGAGGGUCUGCUAGAAAAAGCAAUUCAAUCCCAGAGUACGUGCAUGUACCCGAAACUGUGUUUUCGUUUUCGGAGAAACCAUUUUGUUCUUUUGAAGGUCAUUUGGAUGCUGUUUUGGACUUGUCCUGGUCCAGAGAUCAGCUAUUACUUUCAUCUUCAAUGGACAAAACUGUUAGAUUAUGGGAUUUGGAGACCAAGACUUGCUUAAAGUUGUUUGCCCACAAUGAUUAUGUGACUUGCAUACAGUUCAAUCCUUUGGAUGACAAUUACUUUAUCAGUGGCUCACUCGAUGCCAAGAUUCGAUUGUGGAAUGUAGCCGUUAGGCAAGUCGUGGACUGGACUGAUCUUCAUGAAAUGGUCACUGCUGCUUCUUUCACUCCAGAUGGCCAGGCUUGUCUCAUUGGUUCGCACAAAGGAAACUGUCAUAUGUAUAGUGCAGAAGAUUGUAAAUUAAGUCAGCAUAGUCAUAUUGAUAUUCAGAACAAGAAGAAGAAUCAAGCCAAAAAGAUUACAGGUUUGCAGUUUUCGCCGAUGAAUCCAUCUGAAAUGCUUGUUACCUCUGCUGAUUCCCGGAUUCGAAUUUUGGAUGGCACAAACGUGACUCAUAAGUUUAGAGGUUUCCGAAAUACAAGCAGUCAAAUUGCAGCUUCAUUCACUCCAAACGGAAAAUAUGUUGUAUGUGCUAGUGAAGACUCCCAUGUAUAUGUUUGGAAGCGCGAAGAACCCCGAAUCUCAGCCACAGGUAAAAAGAGCAUCAUCAGUACCAAUUCCCACGAGCAUUUUCAGUGCAAAGAUGUUUCAGCAGCAAUACCAUGGCCAGGCACCAUAAGGGGCGACCCUCCACCUGUCCCCGUGCAGCAUUCCAAGAGAAACUCAAAACGCUCAACGCAACAGCCGCAAUCCGGCAAUGCAUCCCCUACUCAAGAAGAUGCAGGUGUAAGCAAGAGAAUGCUACCGCCUCUUCCGAAGAAAAACAAUAAAGACAACAACACCACAACCAAUAAGGGAGAUGCAUCAGAUCAAACACCUUCAAGUCCUGCGCCGGAAGAUCAAGAUCCUGCUCAAAUCUCUCGAACAGAAUCCGGGAUUGGAGAGUCGUUUAAUUCAGACCCUUCCUCUAUUAGGUAUGGUGAUUCAAGUUCUAUGUCUGCUGGUAGUGCCUCCACAUCAUCUUGGUCUUCCUCUUGGUCAUGGCUCGACAAUAUAGGCAACAACCAUGCUAGCCAAACAACACAAGCAACAGCUUGGGGUUUGGUAAUUGUGACAGCCACUCUGGAAGGCGAAAUCAGAGCAUACCAAAAUUUCGGGUUGCCGCGAAAGAUGCAGAACAAUAUUUUUGGAGGCCCUACUUAAUUGGUUAUGUGCUGGUGAAGAUAUAAGAUCUUAAUUUUCUCUCCUUAAAUGGAAACAAAUUUAUUCCGCAAGGUCUCGAGUUCGAUUCUCCGAUCCCAAGAAUCUCUUGUAUCAAAUUUCGUCUACGAACAAGCUUCUCACUUGUCAUGGAUACAUACAUAGUCAGAAAAUCGAUGGUGAUCAAACUGCACAUUAGUAUUUUUGUUGUAAAUGUCAAAGCUUGUUACCCUUCAUCAGAAUUUUUUGUAAGUUAGACCCCAUCAUCCCUUUCUACAUAAUGGGCACCUUGUAAGCUGUAAGCCUAUUAUUUUUGUUGUAUCAG